AUGGAGCUGAACGACGAGGAGCGUUAUGCGGUGGCCUCGCUCUUCACGGAGCCGCCCGCUGUGGAACGCGAUCCUCGCGCCAUUGCUAACGUGACUGAGGCUGAGCUCGAGGCGUGGUGGGGGUAUGAUUUGUCAGUCUCGGGAGGACUGGCGGACCGCAUAUACCGAGAGUUGCAGGUACAACUUCCUGUGCAGUUCGACGACUGCACACCUGCUGCGGCCGACUGUGAGCUGCCACCAUUGCAGGUGGCGCCCACCAAGUGGAAAGGGCUCAAGCUGCUGCCCACUGCGGCGCCCUCCGCUGGCGAUGACUAUUUCAAACAGAUGGUGCGGGGGCUCAUAGACAUGCUGGACGCCGACCUGGCGGCAUCGCUGCCGCCCCUGGUGCUGCACCGCAGCGCUUCCCGCCUUGCCCGCCCUGGUGGCGACGAUUCGCCGGCCAGCCCACAGCGCCGCGCUGUGCCAGACCAUCUCUUUCAUGGGCUGAUCGAUAGUGACAGCGAGGACGAGGGGCGCGACGACGAGGACUGGGCAGCCGACUUGGCGCGAGAGAAGAAGCUGCAGGCCAGCGCGGAGCGCAAGCGGUCGCAGCAGCCACCGCUGCACCGCAUGCUGUCAGGCGAGGCAGAGGACGCCGUGCUGCGCAUCAGCAAACGCCUUAGCGGCGGGCUGAGCCUGCACUCGGAGGUCAGCACUGAUGAGGAGGACCAGCAGCAGCAGCAGCAGAAUGGGGAGCGGCAGGCAGAGAUGGACCACCCCCUCAGCAGCAGAAAUAUUAGAAUGGCAGCGGCAGAGCCAGAUAACGAGCCGUGCUGCGUGGGCGCCGCACCUAUGCCGCCAGACCCCACGAUCCCGAAGCUGCCCCGGCCAGUGGCAGUGCGGUGGUAUGAUGCUCGGGCACGGGUGGCCCUGCUGACAGUGGCCAGCUGGCUGCAGGUGCCACCACGCAAGGUGUCCAACCUGGAGGUGCUACUCACGCAUGGUGACCGCGCGCCCCGCCACAAAUCGCUGUCCAGCCUUGAAGAGGAUGCUUGGGAGCGAAGAAUGCGCUACUUCAAGGUGGGCGCAGCGGCCGUGGGGGGGGGCGCGCUGUUUGCAGUGACUGGCGGCUUGGCAGCCCCUGCCAUUGCUGCCGGUGUGGGAUCAAUCUUGGGAUUCAUCGGAGCCCCCACUGCCAUCGCCGGCACCGUCACUGGCUUCUUGGCCAGCACGGCUGACCGCACUGCAACAAUCAACGAGUUUGGAUUCCGAGAGUUGCUUCCUUUGCAGCAGCAGUUAUACCAGCCACCAAAGGAGCAGGAGCUGCAGCCCUUGCAGAGCCUGCGUGACCAACAGGUAGCAAUGGGGUCAAUGCCAGAUGCAGUUGGCCCGGGUGGCGACCGUGGCCACCUGGGGUUGGCCAGCAGCAGCUACCAGUCGGCUAGGGAGCAAGCGCUGCGUCGGGCCAGCAGCAGUGGAUCGCUGCGAGGCUCUGGGAGCAGCAAGACCCUUCAGCUGCAGCCACAGCAGCAGCUAGUGGCACAGCCGCAGGAGCCGCAGGCUGAGCAGCAGUCGGCGUGGCACCGCUGGCAAAGCGGCGACGUGAAGCUGGCGGUCAACCUCUAUGUUGCAGGGUGGAUCACGCAGCGGAGCGACUUUGAGAGCUGUUGGCAAAGCUGCAUCACCUCUAGCGAUGCGGACUGCUUCGCACUCGUAUGGGAGACCAAGGUGCUGCUGCACCUGAACAGCGCAUUGGGCAAGCUGCUGACGAUGCAAGCGGCGGGGCAGGGCCUGCAGCUGGCCACCCACAGCUUCUUCUAUGCCGGUGCAGGUCUGGUGGCGAUCGAGGGCGUGGAAGGGGUGGAAAACGCAACCCUGACGAAAAUGUGUGAGGGCCACCUGGCAUACCUGGCCAAUUUCUCAAGCAUACUGGAUUCGCUCGGCCUCUAA